AUGGCAACUCCGGCAGCCACCUCUUUGGCCCUCGCCGUCAUCCUCCUCCUGGUGGCCUUCACGGCAGGCGCCGGCGCAGCCACCUUCAGCAUCACCAACCGGUGCCCCUUCCCAGUGUGCGCGGCCGCGAUGCCGGUGAGCGGCGGCGGCGGCACGCAGCUGGCGCCAGGCGAGACGUGGACGCUGACGUUCGCGGCCGGCGGGACGAGCGGCAGGAUCUGGCCGCGCACGGGCUGCGCCUUCCACCCCGCCACGGGCCGCGGGGGCUACCAGACCGGCGACUGCGGCGGCGCCCUGCGCUGCGUGCUCUCGGGCAAGCCCCCCGCGACGCUGGCCGAGUUCAACCUCGCGAACGGCGGCGCCCCGGGCAGGUACGGCAUAUCGGUCGUCGACGGCUUCACCCUGCCCAUGGACUUCUCCUGCAGCGGAGCUGGGGACGGCGGCGUGAUCCGGUGCAGGGACCCCGGAUGUCCCGACGGAAACCACCGCCCCGGCGACGGCAAGUACCGCGCCUGCCCGGCCUACAGCGACUACAAGGUCGUCUUCUGCCCAUGA